AUGGGCAUGGCGGACGCGGGGGCGCUGCGGGAGCAGGCGAAGCAGCUGAUAGAGCGGCGCGACAAUCUCGAGGCUCAGAUCGACGCGCUCGCCGCGAGACUGAACGCGCCUGGAGGAGGCGGAACCAACGAGAGCCUGGUGGAUAAGGAGGGCUUUCCGCGUGCAGACAUCGACAUUCCUCGAGUCCGCAGCGAUCGACACCGCCUUGCAACGCUCCACGCGGACCACAAGCAGCUGACGGGGCAGAUUGAGUCGCUGUUGGUGGAGAUCCACUCGCAGGCCAAACCCAGGGAGCAAAAACCAGCAAAGACAGAAGGAGCGAAUUCCACACUUCCAUCAGCAAUUGCACCUGCAGCUUCUCCUGCUGCCACUUCUACUUCAGCUGCUGCUCCCAAUGCUGAUGUUACUGCAGCAGCACUCCCUUCCUCCACGCCCUUCGCAGUGGUGGACGAGGUGACACCUGGCAGUCCAGCAGAGGUAGAUGGCGUGAGGCUGGGAGACAGGCUGCUCCGAUUUGGCUCCGUCGCUGCUGCGGCUGCUGGUGGCGGUGCUGCUGCUGCUGACGGUGCUCCUGCUGGUGAAGUAACAGAGGGAAGGGAAGGGGGAGGGGGAAGCAGGGUGGCUGGAGGAGGGGCGGAGCUGCUGAAGCAGGUGGCUGCAGAGCUGCAGGGGAGUGAAGGGAGAGGGGUGAGCAUGACAGUGCUGAGGGCCGGGAAUGUUGUCGAGCUGUUGGUGACUCCACGGCGAUGGGGCGGACGAGGAUUACUCGGAAUGGCGGGUCCGGUGGUGAAGGAGGGAGCGCGGCUGUUCCAGGGCGUGGAGAAGGACUCGCUCGCCUUCAAGCUCAUGAAGAACAUGGGCUGGGAGGAGGGCAAGGGGUUGGGGAAGAACGGGCAAGGCAUCGCGACUCACGUGCGCGUGACGAAGAAGUUCGACACGGCAGGCGUGGGGAUCGCGGAGGCGAAGAAGGAGACGUGCAAUUGGUCCGUCAACACCGCCGUCUUCGACGACCUUCUCAAGCGCCUCAACGUGGCAGUCAACGACGGCAAGAGUCUUCAGCAGCAAGCAUCUGACUCUUCCUCCGACUCCUCUGAUGACGAGUCCGAUGAGAGCAGAAGCUCAGGGGAUGGGGAGGGGGGGUUGAAGAUGAAAAAGAUGAAGAAGAUGAAGAAGAGCAAGAAAGAGAAGAAGGAGAAGGAGAAAAAGGAGAAGCGGAAGCAGGCGGAUGGGGAGACCGAGUUGCCGAAGCUGCAGAAGCUUGUGCGACCGCAGGGCCGGUAUCAUCGCAGGGAGGCAGGCAAGUGCGUCAAGUCCUACUCCACCAACGACCUCUCCGCCAUUCUGGGUGCCGUCCCCACGUCGUCCUCCCCUGCGCCUCUCACUCCCCGCCUCGACCCCACCACCACUGCAACUCCCUCCUCUCUGCCCUUAAACCCUCCCACCUCUCCACCUGCUGCCAACGCGUCCUCUCCCUCAGUGGCAACAGCAGCAGGAGCUGAAUCAUCUACACCAGCAGCUGAAUUAUCUGCACCAGCAGCACGGCGGGCUCAGAAGCGGGUGGUAAAAUCCGCUUCAGAUACCGCUCUCUGUCGCAGCACCAGCAGCGCUGCAGGGUCGAAAAAGAAAGCUGCCGGAGCGGCUGGUUCGGGUGGACUGGCAGGUUCGGCCGAGCCUAAGAAGGGCGGGUUGUUGGAGUUGGAGUGCCAGAAGCAGUUCGUCUUUCCGCCGCUGCCUGCGGAUUGGUGGGGCACGAGGUUUGGGUUUGUGCGCGGGUCAGGCUCGGGAGCCGGGCGAUUGACAAACGAGGGAGGGGAGGAGGAUGGGGAGAAGAAGGCGGGUUUCAGCGAGCAGGACCAGGAGAAUCUCUACAACCUCGUGCAUGAUCAUGCGACGAGCGGCAAGCAGGGGUUGGGAAUUGGCGACCUGCCGCGGAAGGUGGCGGGGGCUCGAUGGAAGGGCACCAAACAGACGUUCGAAGACUUAGAAGAGGUCAGCGAGGGGGAGGAGAAUGAGGAGGAUGGGAAUGAGAGCGAGGAGGAGGUGGAAGAGGCAAGGGGGGAAGAGGAGAACAGGGAUGGUGCAGCAGCUGGUGCAGAAGGGGCGGUGUUGACUGAAACUGUUGCUGCUGCUGUGGAUGAGGGUCGGGGUGAUGGUGCUGGGUCAGCGGAGCAGGAAGGGGGAGAAGGGGGAGAGAAGGAAGGGAGGAGCAAGAAGCGGAAGAGAGAGGAGCGGUCGAGGAAAGACAAGGGCGGGAAGGCCGCUGCGGCGGGUGAAGUGGUACCGGGGGUUGCAGAGAGGCGGAGGGCGGUGAUCGGAAAGAGAUGGCAGCACAAAGAAAGGGAUGUGAAGGAGGAGGCGAACGAGGAGGGGAUUAGAGCAGAGAAGGGAAAGGAAGGAGAGGCAGGUGGCAGCAGGAAGAGGCUGAAGAAAAGCAGCAGCUCUGGUGUGGACCUGUCUGCCAGUGAUGUGGCUGAUGGCUUGAAGGGCGGUGUUGCGUUGAAGACUCGAGUUAAGCGCGCUGUCAAGCAAGCUCUGCAAAAGCAGGAGGGAGAGGCAGGAGUGGCGUUGGCGUCUCUCCGGGACACGGUGGGGCAGCAGCUGGAGUUGAACAAGGCGGAGAGGAAGCAGCUUGUUAAGAUCAUGGACACCAAGUUGCCUGGAUGGACAUUUCUCAGUGUGACUGCUGGCAUGGUGCAGCUACGAGCUUGA